AUGGGUAGAGACCCGGUCACCAGGUGCUUGCUGACAAGCCCCUCCUCCAGGCCCGGCUCCAGGGAGUACAAAGUGUCCAGCUUUGAGCAGCGCCUGAUCAGUGAGAUCGAGUUCCGGCUAGAGCGCUCUCCGGUGGAGGAGUCGGAUGAUGAUGUUCAGCACGAUGAAGACUCCGCAGGCCAGGGGGUGGGGCCGUCAUUUGACCAGAAGCUCAAACACUACAAAGUGUUCGAGGGCAUGCCCGUCACUUUUUCCUGCAGUGUUAAAGGAGACCCCAAACCAAAGGUUUACUGGUUCAAAGAUGGCAAGCAGAUCUCAAAGAUGAGUGAGCACUACAGGAUCAGCCGAGACCCAGAUGGUACUUGCUCUCUGCACACUGCAGCAGCCUCACUGGAUGAUGACGGCAACUACACCGUCCUCGCAGCUAACCCAGACGGCAGGAUUAGCUGCACUGGUAGGAUGAUGGUGCAGGCAGUAAACCAGCGCGGCCGCAGCCCCCGGAUGGCACCUGGACACAUGCGAAGGCCCAGGUCCAGGUCCAGAGACAGUGGCGAUGAGAACGACAACAUCCAAGAGCGUCACUUCCGGCCCCACUUCCUGCAGGCACCUGGUGACCUCAUCGUCCAGGAGGGCCGCUUGUGUCGGAUGGACUGUAAGGUGAGUGGCCUUCCCACCCCUGACCUCAUCUGGCAGCUGAACGAACAGACCAUUCGCCCUGACUCUGCCCACAAGAUGCUGGUGAGGGAAAACGGUGUGCACUCGCUCGUCAUUGAGCCCGUGACGAGCCGUGACGCAGGCAUCUACACCUGCAUUGCCAGCAACCGAGCUGGCCAGAACUCAUUCAACCUGGAGCUCAUUGUUGCAGCUAAAGAGAUGCACAAGGCACCUUCAUUCAUUGAGAAGCUGCAGAACACGAGCGUUGCUGAGGGACAUCCUGUGCGACUGGAGUGCCGGGUGGCUGGGGUUCCCCACCCACAGAUCUUUUGGAAGAGGGAGAAUGAGUCAUUCACUCACAACACUGACAGAAUCAGCAUGCACCAGGACAACUGCGGGUACCUGUGCAUGAUAAUCCAGCCAGCUCUGAAAGAAGACGCCGGCUGGUACACCGUCUCUGCCAAGAACGAUGCCGGCAUCAUAUCUAGCACCGCUCGCCUCGACAUUCACGCUCAGUGGCAGCAGCCAAACCGCCCCAAGCCCAAGAAGGUGCGUCCCUCCACCAGUCGCUAUGCCGCGCUGACGGAGCGAGGACUGGAUGUGAAGGCGGCCUUCUUUCCUGACUCCAGCCCGCUGCAGCCUGACGGCCUGGUGGAAAGUGAUGACCUGUAAAGUUUGCACACGGACCUACAACAUCCCCGAAAGCUGCCCUUGAUUCCAGCACUCCUGACACGCACUUAAAAACACAACAGGCUGAAACUCGUCUACCACUACUGAACCACAGGUACAAGAAGAAAGUGUCGGUGAGCCGAGGGCGACCAAGCAGCUUUGGUUUUCAUACAUUAUAACCCCCCACUACACACACACACACACACACACACACACAACUAUUAUAGAACAAAACUCAUCAAGUUGACCUGGAAAAUGACUGAAGUGCUUACGAUCAAAGAUUUGUUCAGAAAUACAAACUGCUGCCCAAUAAAGUGCCUCUCAUUUGUGUAAAGAUGAAACGAUGCAACAUCGACUCACUGUGCAUGUUCAAGUGGUGCCACGUGCACGGACUGUACCCGUAGGUAGCACUUUUCACCAGGAUGUGUAGAGGACGGUUUGUGUGGCUCAGUACGGAUGUAUCGGCUCCGGUGAUAGAUUCAAGGUACUGGAAAAGUCCGGGCCAUGUGAACCUUGCGAUUCAUGUAAGGAAGACGAAGGUCGUGUCUGAGCACAAGUUCCAGAAAGUUUGUCAGGAAGUGAAACGCAGGUUGAGAAUAGAGGAACGUUGGUGAUGAUGGCUCAUUUAUUAUCUUCUGUUUAACUUUUAGAGGAGUGAAAUAAAAGUAUUGUCACUCAAAGAAAAGUGCUGUGAACGUGUGUUUCUUACACACAACACAAACCUUUAGUUUUAUUUUUGUAUGAAAAACAGACGCUCAACAAACAAGACUUAAAUUAUAUUUCUGGUCAUUCAAGGAUCCUGACUGGAAAAUAAAAGUUUUAAAAUGUAUUUACUACCUUAAAUUACUUCAGUUUAACACUUUUCUUCUUUGCAUGUUACUUUUUGGACACUUGUAUAGUGCCAAACAUCUUUAUCUGGAUGUAGAAAAACACAACCAAAAAUCAAAACAUUUGCAAGUUUAAAUAUAUUUAUAUAUUAUUUCUUUUUGUCUCUGUAGAAGUCAUUUGUC